CAACCCUCAGCAAGUACUGUACCCCUGCAGCACAUCUCUACUCACGUUGCCAAGCAACUCGCAAAUUUAUUCAAUCGAAACCAUCAAUGUCGCCAUUCGUAGAAGAGGAUGUCGUGGAGGAUUCAGAGCCGGAGAGGGAGGCGCUGAGACAGAAAAGGAGGCUGGAGCGGAAGAAAAGAAAAGAGGCUCGAGUCCCAACGGUAGCAUCUGGUAUUGAUCUGUGCGACGAUGAUCAGAAUGAUGCACCUGUUGUACCUGCAUCUGCGUCGAUAGGUAGCGUCAUCGGGAUAUCUGACGACAGUGUAUCAGCUGCAUCAUCACAUUCCUGGCAUGGGGUCCCUGUCAAAGGGGUUUCUCAAUCAGCACGACUCCACGACUGCACCACAUCCUCUUCCGAACCACAAUUGCCCAAGAAGAAAUAUGCAGACCCUAUCCUCAAUGAUUCUGCGAUAUUCAGCGACUCUCUAGAGAAUGAGGAUGAUGAUGAACUGGGGUUGAACUUGGCUCGGUUUGCUUUCCCAGCUCAGCCGACACGAAAGGCGUCGUCAUCAACCGUUACUUCACGUACCGAAAGUGCAGACGUGAUAUCAAAGCCUGUAGCUCCCAAGCAACCGCAUCGUACGGAUCGCUUUUCUGAGGACUUUACCGAUGUGCAACUCGGAGGUCUCUUGAAAUGUAUUUGCUGUAACAUAUCCUGGACCACCAGGAAGAGUGCGGCCCAGAAGAUGAAGCAUGUUCAGUCAUGCGCCAAGAAGAACAGCUUCUCAGACUCUGCUGUCCGUACACGCAUCCGUCAGGCAUUGGAGAGCGUAGAUCCAAAAGAUCUCGCCACCAAGGGUAGAGGCAGAGCAAAGAGCCAGGACGCUACAGUACCAGAAACAUUUUUCCGUGACGUUGUUCAUGAUGUGGGACCUAGGAAGCGGACUAAACGCGUUGAUGUCCUGGGCACCGUGAAAGCCCUUGUCGAUACCCGUGACGCUAUCCUUCAGAAAGCAGAGACUAUCAUUGGACAUAGCGCUUCAUCAUCUACCCAUCUUUUGUUGUCCGACGCGAAUGGCCAUGGCAUUGCGGCCACGCAGGACCCCGGUCGUAGUGUCUUACCUGAACGUAUGGCCUAUGAUAAUUCACCCUUGCUGUGGAACCCCCUACACUCCGAUGGUGAUGCAGAUCUGUAUCCGGCCACACAAGCUUUUGGACCUUCCAAGUUUGGUGCAGAGCCUGCCUCUUCCACUCCUUCCACUCUGCCGUCGCCGACAGUCGACGAGCCAUUUCCUGCAACACAAGCAUUUGCUCCUUCCAAACUCGGUUCACGACAGGCAGCCUCAUCCUCCCCCUUGUCAUAUUGCUCGAAUCGUUCUUCUAUUAAUUCGUCACUUUCACUCACUCCGUCCAGCUCAAACGCUCGAUCUCCGAGGUCUCCCUUGCCUACAGCCAGUCUCCUUCCACCAUAUGACAUGUUGCCCCUACAGGAUGGCUACUAUUCAGAUCUUAGCGAAGCAUGUCUGCAUUUCGACCCUCAUCUAGAUAAUAAUCACAUCGAAACUUCUAGCCCACAUACAACGCAAUCGAUACCUGUUCAAUCCGCGAAAAGAAGGAAUAAGGCAGCGACAUCGACAACGUCGGAAAAGAAAUCUUCGGCAAAAGAUAGACGCAAAGGCAAAGGCAAAGCAGUCAAAAAGCGCUGGAAAGAGAAAGAUUUUGACGCCAACUGGGAAGAAGAGCUCAAAAAGAAAAUAAUGCGUGAUACGGAACUCUAUCAACGUAUCUUGCGAUAUGAGGCAAGUAUACCGAUGAUUAGCAGUUUCAACUUUUUCAAACUUGCGGGAGCCGAAGAGGACAGACCAGCGAAUGGCAUCUUUACCUUGAAACUGCGAUGCUUCCUUGAUGGUCAGGUAAGAUUAUUCAUGAAGCUACCAAAUGUCAACGGCUUACAGCGAUCAUGGUAGGCUAUUCACUUCUAUAGUGCAGUUACUCAGAACAGAAGUAGAAAACGUUGAGUUUCACGGUUCUACAAUGUAUAGUAUUUAAUCAUUAUAUCUCAAUUAACCUGUUAAAG